AUGCUUACCAAGUCGAGCAAUCUUUCCAUUGACUCUGUCAUAUAUGACCUCGAGGAUUCUGUCGCCACCGAGUCCAAAGAGCUGGCUAGGGGAUUGGUCGCAGAUCAUAUUGCCGCAGACGCCAUGCAAAGGUCUGUCCGAGGGCCGAAAGAGGUAGCUGUGCGCAUCAAUGGAGUGGAGACUGGUCUUGCACUACAAGAUAUUCAAGCGAGCGUGGAUGACCUCGAUACAAUCGUCGUGCCCAAGGUUCAGUCUACAGCAGAUUUGCAUUUCGUUGCCGAUGUCAUCCGUCAUGUUGCCCCUCAAAGGGUACUCUUUAGGCCUCCAAUGACCGAGUCUUCCCAGCAGACGGGAAAUGCACCUCGGUCACGGCUCUUACAUGUUAUAGACUUGAUUGAAUCUGCCCUGGGCCUUGCCAAUGUAUCAAGCAUAUGCCAUGCAGGUCAACGAUUGGGAUUAGUAGGACUCGGUUUUGCUGCCGAAGAUUUCAUGGCUAACGUCGGGCUUUCGAAACUUCCAGAUCGACGGGAAGUUCUCUUUGCACGAUCCACAGUCGUCAAGGCGUGUCGAGCCUAUAAUCUUCCUUCCAUCAUCGACAUGGUGUCUGUAGAUGUGGCCCAUGGCACCUCUUUGGAAGAGGAAAGUAGAGAGGGCCGAAGCCUUGGCUUUACCGGCAAACAAGCCAUCCAUCCUUCUCAGGUCGAGGCCAUUCAGCGUGCCUUCGGCCCAUCUACUAAGGAAGUAAAAUGGGCGUUAGAGGUUUUUGGGGGGGAUAUAGAGUCGCAGAAACAGGGCAGAGGCGCUUGGAAACUCAAUGGGUGCAUGAUUGAUGCGCCUGUUGUCAAGGCGGCCACGGCAUUGCUGGAUAGGGCUAGGGCAUGCGGCAAAGAUGUCGGCACACACAUCGCAAGAUGCAAGAUCUGUAUGCCUUGCAUGCAGAAACAGAUACUUCGACUUGGUAGUAGUCAGCGAUAUCAAUCGCUCAAUCCGUUCGAUGAGCUGUCUGUGGAAGACGCGGUUAGGUUGCAGGAACACAGGCAGCCAGCUGAGGAGAUUGUUGCCGUUUCUGCAGGACCGCCCAAAUGCCAGGAUGUCCUCGGAACCGCAAUUGCAAUGGGAGCAGGCAGACUCCAUGGAGCCCUUGGUAGUUGCAAGACUGCUUCAGGCCGAGGCAAGAGAGGAAAUGUCAAACCUGGCUCUCUUGGGCAAUUACUUGCCGGCUUCCUGAAUUGGCCACAGGCUACGCAGGCUGGCAAGAUCGAAAUCGAGGGAGACAGUGACAUGGUCACGAGGCAGAUAGAUGGAGUAACACAGACGGUCGAGGCUCAGCUAUCCAUGGUGGUAACGACUAAUCUAGGGCAAGCAACUAAUCUAGGACAAGCAAACAUGACCAGAGAGCUAGAGUGA